CGACAGGAAGCAAAGAUGUCGGUACUGAAGGAGAUAGUUCUGUAUUUUCUUGAAGAAUUGUGUAAUGAUUUGGCCAUGAUUGCUCCGUCAAAGGAGUAGUACCAAUGCCUAUCUUAACUGAGGAUGAAGAAAGCUUUGGUGGCAGAGGAUAACAAUGCAAAUGUCCAAGGAAAAGAGGGAAGCAGACUUAACAGGUCUUCUAUGCAGCUGGCCAACAGACUUGACAUUCAGCUGAGGUCUGUUGUUGAGUGGCAGGAACUUUUCCACCCAGAUGCUGUACUGCUUAGACAGAGGUUGAGAAACCAAUGUGAGAACUUAAUUCUUCACCAUCCGAAGGAAUAUGGUCGUAGGGCUGAAGAGCGGCUUUGGAGAAAAGUCUUUUAUGAUGUCAUUCAAAAGCUGCGGAAUCACAGAAAGAUCAUGGAGGCUGAUACUCAAUCUCUGGAUGGAGUUCUUCGUACCCAUCUGUCCUCUGCAGCUGGAUAUUAUUACCAUCUCUUAACACACCUUCAGCUCUCUUAUAAGCUCACUGUGGAUGGUGUGUUGUCCUGGGGAUUUCCUUCCACUCAACCAGGGGAAGAUGAUGAUGAUGAAAUUAGAUCUUGGGCAAUAAAAGCAUGUCAGCGGUGUCUUAUAUUUUUAGGAGACAUUGCUCGAUAUCAAUCUGACCUUGAAGGGAAAGAAGCCAUUAAAUUGGCCGAAAGGUUUUACUUUGAAGCCGCUCUUAUCAACCCUGACAUAGGUAUGCCUCAAAACCAACUUGGAACACUUGCCGGUACAAAGGCUUAUGGUUGUGAGGGAGCAUAUUUUUAUUUGAGAUGUUUAUUGUCAAAGGAGGUGUUUGAAGGAGCCGAAGGAAACUUGUUGAGAAUUUUUGAAAAGAACAGGUCUAUUCUACACAGGAUUAAGGAGUUACCUCUGGAUGAGCCUAGACCAAAAGAAAGAUUGAAGAGAUUUCUUGUUUAUUUCCUGUACCUCCAAGAUGUUCUGUAUCAACAUGAGAACUCACCUGAAAUAAGCAGUGAAGACACGGGGCAUCUGUGUCAGUCUGUGUUACAGGACUUCAGCAGUGUUUUGUCUGUAGACCCAGCCUCCUCCAACACAAGCAAGCCAUCACUUGAAAAUGGCGUCGCCUCUCAGGAAAAUGGCGGCCUGGAGCAUGACGUCACAGAUGACGAGGAUGCCGUCAUUAGCAGCUCGCUUAUGGUGAAACUUGUUGUCAUGGCAAUUGCCACUGUGACCAGAUUGCAGUCAAAGGGUUCUCAGGAUUCGUCGGUAGCAACAGCCUUCACCCUAGCGUUUCUCUCUCUUCUUCUGCAAAACUGUAUUUCAUCGUUUGAAAACUUCUUAGCAAAAGAACACUCCAACACGGAACACCCUGUGGUAAAUGGUCCAACGAAUGCUGCGCUCUCGCAUAACGGUUUUUCAAAACAUGAAAACUCAUUUCAAGGGAGGAAAGUGGAAAGCAAUUUAAACCAAGCAAAACAACUCAAGAAGGUCAUGAAGCAUCGGCGGAGAAGGCGAAGACGAAGGAAAAUCGAUUACAGCUUUGAGAGCUAUAGUGGCAGUGGAAGCGACUUGGAGGAAUCGGGAGACGAGGAGGAAGAUGAAGACAGUGAUUUGAGCGAAGGCGGGGGAGAGAUGGAUGAAGUGUUGGGUGACUCGAUAAGCGAUGAGGACGAUAGUGAAGAUGUUUACAUAGAGAGUGAGUCGGACAAUGAAAGCGGAAACAACGGAUCACUGCCCAGCAGUGUAUUCUCUGCUGCGAACGGGAAGCGACAUGAGAACGAAACGUUGCCAAGGUCAAUGGAGAAGUUGCCCAGUCAUCAAACUGUACAGGACAAGUUGGCAUUCAAGGCUGGUUUCUUGGGACACAAUGGAGUGUCAGUUGGAAAAAUGUUCAGACCAGACCUGAUUAGUGAUGUGAGCGACGCGGAAACGGAGUCGUCCAUCGCCUCCAGAACUGAGAUUCUUCGAGACUGUGUGGAGUCCAACUUACUGAAGGCCAUAGCAGGUCAGAAACUGCUGCCAGCCAUCAAAGUGUUAACCGACUGGCUACGACUGAAUGGAGAACUGGUGAUGACUUGUGUUGAGAGCUUGGGUGCGCUGUGGUCCAGAAUGGCUACUCUGCUGAACAAGUUUCCUUCCUCGGAGCAGAUCAUGGCUGCAGUUCCGUUGCCAAGGUUGCCAACAUGGCGGAGCAUUCUGGGUGAAACGCUCGACGAAAACUGGGUUCAAACACGUGCUCUACCGGAAGACGUUUCUCUGUUAGGAUUUAAACCACUGACUGUGAUACACAGCAGGCUCGACAGGAAUUGGAGCAGGCUUACAAGGGACUGCCAAUACCUUGAGGCCGCAGUUCGAGUUCAAUGUUUGCGAAGCUUUGGAAUGAAGCUUGCUUCUACUCAGGAGCUGAGUUCGUUUGAGUGGGAUCAGAACACUAAGCAGUUUCUGGGACCCCAACAGAAGGCGGAACGAGAAAAGAAGAUGACCGUCGACAAACGACACACUCCUUCGCCUGUGGGAAAUCAAGAUCGUCGAUCAAGAGUAAUGAAGGUCAUGGCCCAGCAACUACUGCAGUCUGAAGUGGCAGAACUGGAGAGUCUCUUUCUUGUCAUUCUAACCAGAUUGAAGAGAUUUCUUGUUUAUUUCCUGUACCUCCAAGAUGUUCUGUAUCAACAUGAGAACUCACCUGAAAUAAGCAGUGAAGACACGGGGCAUCUGUGUCAGUCUGUGUUACAGGACUUCAGCAGUGUUUUGUCUGUAGACCCAGCCUCCUCCAACACAAGCAAGCCAUCACUUGAAAAUGGCGUCGCCUCUCAGGAAAAUGGCGGCCUGGAGCAUGACGUCACAGAUGACGAGGAUGCCGUCAUUAGCAGCUCGCUUAUGGUGAAACUUGUUGUCAUGGCAAUUGCCACUGUGACCAGAUUGCAGUCAAAGGGUUCUCAGGAUUCGUCGGUAGCAACAGCCUUCACCCUAGCGUUUCUCUCUCUUCUUCUGCAAAACUGUAUUUCAUCGUUUGAAAACUUCUUAGCAAAAGAACACUCCAACACGGAACACCCUGUGGUAAAUGGUCCAACGAAUGCUGCGCUCUCGCAUAACGGUUUUUCAAAACAUGAAAACUCAUUUCAAGGGAGGAAAGUGGAAAGCAAUUUAAACCAAGCAAAACAACUCAAGAAGGUCAUGAAGCAUCGGCGGAGAAGGCGAAGACGAAGGAAAAUCGAUUACAGCUUUGAGAGCUAUAGUGGCAGUGGAAGCGACUUGGAGGAAUCGGGAGACGAGGAGGAAGAUGAAGACAGUGAUUUGAGCGAAGGCGGGAGAGAGAUGGAUGAAGUGUUGGGUGACUCGAUAAGCGAUGAGGACGAUAGUGAAGAUGUUUACAUAGAGAGUGAGUCGGACAAUGAAAGCGGAAACAACGGAUCACUGCCCAGCAGUGUAUUCUCUGCUGCGAACGGGAAGCGACAUGAGAACGAAACGUUGCCAAGGUCAAUGGAGAAGUUGCCCAGUCAUCAAACUGUACAGGACAAGUUGGCAUUCAAGGCUGGUUUCUUGGGACACAAUGGAGUGUCAGUUGGAAAAAUGUUCAGACCAGACCUGAUUAGUGAUGUGAGCGACGCGGAAACGGAGUCGUCCAUCGCCUCCAGAACUGAGAUUCUUCGAGACUGUGUGGAGUCCAACUUACUGAAGGCCAUAGCAGGUCAGAAACUGCUGCCAGCCAUCAAAGUGUUAACCGACUGGCUACGACUGAAUGGAGAACUGGUGAUGACUUGUGUUGAGAGCUUGGGUGCGCUGUGGUCCAGAAUGGCUACUCUGCUGAACAAGUUUCCUUCCUCGGAGCAGAUCAUGGCUGCAGUUCCGUUGCCAAGGUUGCCAACAUGGCGGAGCAUUCUGGGUGAAACGCUCGACGAAAACUGGGUUCAAACACGUGCUCUACCGGAAGACGUUUCUCUGUUAGGAUUUAAACCACUGACUGUGAUACACAGCAGGCUCGACAGGAAUUGGAGCAGGCUUACAAGGGACUGCCAAUACCUUGAGGCCGCAGUUCGAGUUCAAUGUUUGCGAAGCUUUGGAAUGAAGCUUGCUUCUACUCAGGAGCUGAGUUCGUUUGAGUGGGAUCAGAACACUAAGCAGUUUCUGGGACCCCAACAGAAGGCGGAACGAGAAAAGAAGAUGACCGUCGACAAACGACACACUCCUUCGCCUGUGGGAAAUCAAGAUCGUCGAUCAAGAGUAAUGAAGGUCAUGGCCCAGCAACUACUGCAGUCUGAAGUGGCAGAACUGGAGAGCAGCCUUAAGACAGCUCCUGGUGGUGGCACGGUUUACCUGGUCCCUGAUGCUGUGGCACUGUGUACGCAGCUACAUCUUGUACGACGACUGAUGGCCUCAGAGAAGUUUGUGAUCAUAAUCCCUAUCCAAGUGAUUUCAGCGCUUGACGAAUUGAAGAAGUACGACAGUGGAGCGAGGGAGGCUACAAAGUUUUUGGAGCAAGAGUUUAAGAAGGGAAACAGAUGGAUCAGAGCUCAAAAAGACCACGAGACGCUCGAUGGAGGGAGGCGGCACGGACGAUAUGAGGACGUAGCUGUAUGGCGAUUUAAUCAGAUUGUCAACUGCUGUCGGUAUUUCGUGAGUCAAACUGGCAAAGGCCUGGUCACUUUGCUAACUGGAAGUGCUUCGUGCGAGAGUCCAAAACGAGGCCAGAGAAAGGGCGUGACUUCCAGUGGUACCCAGGCCACUCCAGAGGGGCUGGAACUUGCGCGGAGCUGUGGGGUUAAUGUGGAAUCACUUCGCGUCUUCUGCGCCCGAUUCUCCAACCAGUCCAAACCAGUUACGUGAGGCGACGUGGAAAUCCAGAUGUUCUGGACGUGCUAAAGAUAUAGUGGGUUGUGUACCUAACCAUACCAACCUAUACUCUAGGGCUGAUAAACGACGUGUGACCCAGCACAACCAACCAAGCUGGAAGCAGUCUAGAUAGAGCAACUACCACAGGUUACCUGUUGGUUUCCACUUCUGUUUAAAAGGUGUUAGAGAGUAACCUUUAAAAAUGGCACUCACGCGAGAGUCAACUUUGUUAAAGUGGCUAACGAUUUUUUUUCCCGCGCUGCCUUUCAUGCUUUAUUGAAAGCAACCCAGACCUCUAGUGGUCGUUGUACGUCGAUCUGUUUUUAUUUCGAACUAUUUUUCGAUUGCUUGGCGCCCAAUGAAAUAAUGAAGUCGAGCAAGCCAGACCCCUGUACUGUAAACCAUAUUUCAUGCCCUCCCCCUCAGGCAUAGCUUUUGGGUUGUGGGGGAAUGGGGUCGUGAACAAUUCGUCUAACUCUAGUCUUCAAUGUUGCAUAUCAGUACAAGUCUGUUUAAUCUCCGCCCUCUGCUUGGGUCUCCCUGGAAAUUGACAGUAACCAGAUCAAAGGUAGUUAAAGAGUCGAUAAUUAUUUUGUGCUCUUCAAAGUCUUCAUUAAGAAGCUACAUGUUUACCAAACUCGGCCUUUCUAGAUUUACCUCAAAAGGUUGUAUUUCAAGGACGUAAGAGAAGGAUAAGUUCCCUUUUUCAUUUCGUUGUAGGCCAGUAGCAAGGGUCUAGCUCUUGUGUAGAGGUCCAAAGAUGAUUAGAUUUGUUGACUAUUAUUAGAAGUUUACAGGACUGUUAGCUCUUACUGAAACAUAACAAAAUUUAGGAUCGGUAGAAGAUAGUCUCAACUUAAUUUGACAUUGCUACUUCGUCUGUCCUUUCCAUGCCUCGAUGCCUCAAUUGAUUAAGGUCCUAUAACGUUCUCAUUGUCAAGAAAAUGUUUAAAGUUCCCGUGUGAUGCCUUCAUGGGCAGCUUUCCAUUAGUUGCAGGACUUUGUGUUUUGUCGAGGUAGUGAAAAGCAAAAUUUUGCACCUGUAAGACGAUAUUCUUACAAAGUUUUAAUCCGUGAUGUUAACGACUUUAUGUAGCAAAGGAUUCACUGAUUUUGUUCACACUUUUUCACUGAGAUUGAGAUGAAGUAGCAAGAUACAUAGUGACGUGAUAAUAUUGCAAUACUGAUAUUAGAAAACCAUUGGUGUAUUUGUCAAAGAACUGAUUUGUGUGUCAUGGAAUACCUAGGACACUUGGUUUUCGGUAAGUGAACGGAGUCUCGCUCGUUCCAUGCCCCUCCCACGCCACACUAAAUAACUAUUAUAAACUCGCUAUAACAAUAAAAGGGCUUGUAAGCUGUCUGCAUUGUGCGCAGUGUAACACGAACUGUUCCAACACUGCAUAUUGUGAAAGUCAAUUUUGUCUCUUGAGUGGUGUUGUAGUCGACAUGUUGCACUGGAACGUGUUGUCAGAAGCCAUACUAGUGUAAGAAUGGCGUCAAAUCCAUUAAAGUGCCUACGUGUAGCCUGA